GCAACUUUAUCUACAGCGCAGACGACAGGGGUCGAAACCUACAGAGGACACAAUCACAGAGGUCACAACACCAUCAGCCAGUACAUCUGUAGUCACAACACAGACAACAGGGAUCGAAACUACAGAAGGCACAAUCACAGAGGUCACAACACCAUCAGCCAGUACAUCUGUAGUCACAACACAGACAACAGGGAUCGAAACUACCGAGGACACAACUACAGAUGUCACAACCCCAUCAGCCAGUACAUCUGUAGUCACAACACAGGCAACAGCGAUAGAAACUACAGAGGAAACAGCUACAGAUGUCACAACCCCAUCAGCCAGUAUAGCUGUAGUCACAACACAGACAACAGGGAUCGUAACUACAAAGGAAACAACUACAGAUGUCCCAACCCUUUCACCAAGUGCACCUCUAGCUACAACACAGACAACAGGGAUCGAAACUACAGAGGACAGUACCACAGAGGUCACAACACCAUCACCGUUUGCAUUUCCAACUACAACACAGACAGCAGGGAUCGAAACUACCAAGGACACAACUACAGAUGUCACAACCCCAUCCUAUCCGUGCUCUUGCCCAUCAACUGACCUGUCUUCUAUAUCACCAUACCAAACUUCCGUAAUACCGACUACGGCUACCCAGUUAACAACGAGCGAAGAAAUCACCACCAGCAUUGACACUGGUUCUACACAACUGACCAGCGAAUGUCCAACACAGACACCCAUUCCUAUGGACGUUGAUGAGUGUGUGGAGAACAACCACACGUGCCACCGUCAUGCCCUAUGUGUGGAUACCGUCUUUCUGUACGAGUGCGUCUGUCCUCCGGGUUAUUCUGGUAACGGCACCUACUGCAAAGACAUCGACGAAUGUUUAGAUAACUCUGAUGUGUGCCAUGAAGAUGCCCACUGCUACAACACUGCGGGGUCCUAUAACUGUGCGUGCAGGGAUGGCUAUGGAGGAGACGGGUUUAACUGCACUGAUAUUGAUCAGUGCCAAGAGGGAAGUCAUCAUUGUCACCCAAACGCCACGUGUGUUAACACAUUUGGCAUGGAUGGAUACAACUGCUCAUGUGACCCUGGAUUCACUGGGGACGGAUUUGUGUGCGAAGACAUCAAUGAAUGCAGCGAUCCAGGCCUACACAACUGUACCCAAAACGCGACAUGCAUGAAUACAGAGGGCGGGUAUAAAUGUGUCUGCAAUGAAGGAUUUACAGCUCAAGGGUCCAUAUGCAUUGACAUUGAUGAUUGCGAUGGAGUCAACUGCUUCAAUGGGGGAACAUGUGUCGAUGCCAUUGGAUCAUUCUUCUGUAACUGCUCCGAUGGUACCAGUGGCGAUGUCUGUAACAUAUACGAGUCUACGUGGAGCAGUUGGAGUAGCUGGAGUGACGACUGCUUCUGUCGGGAGUCAAACGGCACGGCGAUGGUGUCCCGUGUCCGGUCCCGGUCCUGUCCCGGGAAGCCAGGGUACAGCGGUACUCCAACCUGCGACGGUGACGACACAGACUGGGAGGAGUGCAUCCCAGAUGUCGAUGAAUGUGAAGAAGGAACUAGUCACUGCCAUCCAAACGCCACCUGUAAAAACGUCAUUGGAGUUGGUCAGUAUAACUGCACAUGUGACAGCGGAUUUGCUGGUGAUGGCUUUCGGUGUAAAGAUAUAGAUGAAUGCAAAGAAGCCAGUUUACACAACUGUAGCCAGAAUCAGACAUGUGCAAACACCCAGGGAUCUUAUGUCUGUGUCUGCAAGGAGGGAUUUCAUGAUGUCUCAACCGAUGAAGAAAAACUUGUGUGCAUUGACAUUGAUGAUUGCGAUGGAGUCAACUGCUUCAAUGGGGGAACAUGUGUCGAUGCCAUUGGAUCAUUCUUCUGUAACUGCUCCGAUGGUACCAGUGGCGAUGUCUGCAACAUAUACGAGUCUACGUGGAGCAGUUGGAGUAGCUGGAGUGACGACUGCUUCUGUCGGGUGUCAAACGGCACGGCGAUGGUGUCCCGUGUUCGGUCCCGGCCCUGUCCCGGGAGGCCAGGGUACAGCGGUACUCCAACCUGCGACGGUGACGACACGGACUGGGAGGAGUGCAUUCCAGAUGUCGAUGAAUGUGAAGAAGGAACUAGUCACUGUCAUCCAAACGCCACCUGUAAAAACGUCGUUGGAGUUGGUCAGUAUAACUGCACAUGUGACAGCGGAUUUGCUGGUGAUGGCUUUCGGUGUAAAGAUAUAGAUGAAUGCAAAGAAGCCAGUUUACACAACUGUAGCCAGAAUCAGACAUGUACAAACACCCAGGGAUCUUAUGUCUGUGUCUGCAAGGAGGGAUUUUAUGAUGUCUCAUUCGAUGGAAAAGAACCUGUGUGUAUUGAUGUGGACGAUUGUCGUCAUGUGACCUGCUGGAACUCCGGCGUCUGCUUGGAUGGACUUGGGAAUUACACUUGCGACUGCCUGGAAACUUUCACUGGGGAGCAUUGUGAAUAUUACCAAUCUACGUGGGGAGAAUGGAGCCCAUGGACUGAGGACUGUGAGGCCCAAUAUGUGAACCACACGGCUGUAGAAGCUCGCAUCAGAACACGACGGUGCCUGGACAGGAUAGCCUAUGAUGGAGCUCCACUCUGUGAAGGAACUGACUUGGAGUGGCAACUUUGUAACAUAGGCCGAGAGGCAAGAAAUUUCUCAGGCCUGUUCCAGACGGUCAAAUCGUCUAUUCAGCCUGGCUACACGGUGGGCGACGAAGUUCUAGAUCUGAAGGAACUGUCAUUAGAUGACAAUGACGAAAGUGCUGAUUACGAAAUACUUUGUUGUGACGAAGGGAAGUUUGUCCUGGAAGAAAAUGGGCUGUUAAGGGUCUCACAGAUGCUUGAUCCGAACAGACCAUAUGAGUUAACGAUAGUCGCUAUUGAUGACACAGCGGAACCAUCUGCGCUCCUGCACAUAUUCGAAGUCAUGAUAGAUGUGAAUCAUACGGAAUGGAUCUACGACCGAACCGGAUGUCCGCAUGUUGUUCUUACAAGAGAAGUAGAGGAGGGACAAUCCAACGGAACUGUCAUUGUAGACUUGGCAACAGAACUCGGCGAAGACGAGACUUCGCGGUAUUUCCUGCAGUUCGGCCUCUGUAGUGACCUCGUCAAUGUUAAUGAAUUCACGGGAAUUGUGUCCACCAGCAAGACACUCGACAGGGAAACAAUGCCGUCUCUUAACUUUGAUGUAGUUGUCGUUAACCACACCUCAACAACUACCGUUACUGUUAACGUGAAUGUCACGGACAUCAACGAUCACCAACCAAUCUUCCAUAACACACCUGUCGCAGGUAUCAUAUCUUCCGAUGCACCGGCGGGAACGAUCGUUGCCAUUGUCAAAGCAACAGAUGAAGAUGAGGGCACAAAUGGUAUGGUUGAAUACGUGCUGGAGUCGUACAAAGAUGCCUUUAAAAUCUCCUCCACUGAAGGUGUCAUCCGUGUGAAGGAUACCAAAUCCCUACCCAACAGCAAUGACUUGCAGGUUAUAACACUGUCUGUAAGCGCCAGAGACAAUGGGACGGUUCCAAGGUCCACACCUGAACCUAGAGCAGUGGAGUUGACAAUUGUUUCGUCAAGCGUUAGUGAGAUUUAUGUAGUUGAAACUGUAGAGGAGAACAUCCCUGUUGACACUGUCGUAGCCAACUUUUCUGACAAGCUGCAAACGGAAAAUACUGAAGACCCCCCUGGCAAGUACAGGUUCAUCUUACAGGACGAUGGAUCAGGGCAGGCACAGAUGUUUUCUCUCGACAACACGACGGGCAUCUUGACGACUGCUGCGGACAUCGACAGGGAGUCCCCCAUUUUCCAGGGGAGGUUCACGUUCACCGUGUUGGCAAAGAAAGAGGGGUCAUGCGAUAGCAAGCUGAUAUCUGUUACCAUCGACGUAACUGACACCAACGACAACACACCCGUCUUCAGCGCCCAGUCAUACGUCGGACACAUUGCUGAAAAUGCGACGGCUGAUGAUUUUGUCAUUUUCCGUAACCAAGGACCAGAGGCUACGGAUGCGGACUUUGGGUGUAACGGAACCGUGACGUACGGGAUCCACUCAUCUCAAGAUGGUGGAAUGUUUGCGAUCAACCCACAGACGGCAGAGAUCUACGUGUCUUCCGGAAGUGAAUUUGACAGGGAGUCAAAAGAUCAGUACAGUUUCACAAUUACCGCAACAGACAGAGAUGGGGGCAUUGGAAGCUUCACAGGAACAGCGAGUAUAACCAUCAUCAUCGAUGACAUCAAUGAUAACGCACCAAUCAUACAUUCCACCCAGAAUCAUAUAGACUUGUACGAAAAUGUCACUAGAGGACAUCUUAUUACCACAUUGUCGGCGACAGACGCCGAUGAAGGCGCUAACGCGGAGAUAGUGUACAGCUUGGAAGACGGUGACGGCUUUUUUUUGUUUAAUAUCCACCCUACCACAGGGGAGCUUAAGGUAACCAGUGGUCACCUCGAUAGGGAAACUACUGAAACCUACGAGCUCACGAUAUCCGCUCGCGAUCGUGGGAGUCCUUCUCAAACUGUAACGCAAAGCAUGACAAUUACGAUCUUGGACUGUAACGACAAUGCUCCGAUAUUCUCCCAAAACGUCUACAAGUUCUCUGUAAGGGAAGACGUCGGAGUAGGAACAACAAUUGCUGCCAUAAGUGCUACUGAUGCAGACGUAACGAUACAGAAUUCCGACGUAAGGUAUACAAUCGUGAAUGGCAGAGGGACAUUUUAUGUUGAUAGUACUACCGGUGCAGUGGUUGUAAAUGAUACUCUGGAUUACGAAGAAGGACAGACAUAUUUUGAGUUUGAAGUGGAAGCAGAAGACACGGGAAACCCUGUCUUAACAGGGAAGCGGAGUAUCCUGCAAAUUAACGUCCUGGACGCGAAUGACAAUCGCCCAAUUAUCUCUGUAAACCAGAACUAUAGCCUCCUUACUACAGCUCCAAAGGGAUCGAUAGUUACAGUAGUACAAGCCUCAGAUCUGGACAGUGGGGACAAUGGGAAAGUAACGUUCGCCAUAGAUCCACCACAAGAUAGUUUCAUCAUUGAUGAAGAAACGGGCAUCGUCAAACUAAACCAGCUUGAAAACACCAAUGAAAUAACAUCUGUUAUCACUGCAACAGAUAACGGCGAAGAGAAACUGUCUUCCAGUCUUACGUUAGUUGUACAAGUGAUCGAGCCAGAUCCAGGAGACACACUAGACCCGCUGAACUUCAACAAUGACACCUACAAGAUCGAUGUUCCCGAGAACAUUCCGGGCAACUCCCCUGUUCUUAACGUCUCUAUAGCAGAGGCAGGACUCACGUACGAGAUUCUCCCGGAAAGUCCCCUGUUUCAAGUGGACACACAGGGUAUAAUUCACACGAGGGAGAGACAGCAUCCCAAUGACGAAAGUUCGUUGUUAGACAGAGAGACUUCGGAACAACAUGUUCUUGUGAUCGUUGCUAAAGGCACAUAUGGACGCCAAGCGAUUGCAUCGGUUUUAAUCAACGUGUUGGACGUAAAUGAUGAGCCCCCAGUAUUCCCGGAGGGAGAAGAGAUCUUCGAGGUAACAGAGGGAGACGACUGGGUAGAUCGGACGGCGGGGAAUGUGGCAGCUUCAGACAGAGAUGCUGGUUUAAAUGGCACUGUGGAGUACCGAAUCAUCGGUGGCAAUAUCGAUGACUCUUUCGAUAUAAGUACCAUCUCGGGCUCGAUUUCUGUGAAGAGACCACUGGACAGAGAGAGCUUAAACAACGACGAGAUCAUCCUAACUGUUCAGGCCACGGAUAAAGGUGACCCACCUCUAAGUUCAACAAAAGAUGUGAGAAUCAAAGUUAAGGACAUCAAUGAUGAGCCUCCUGUGUUCACAGAAGACACAUACUUCGGCUCCAUAGAUGAAGAGCAGGAGGGAGGCAUUCUGGUUCUUCAAGUCUCUGCCACAGAUAAAGACUUGGGGUCAAACGCCGACGUAAAAUAUCGUAUCAUCAGUGGUGAUGGAGGCUUUCAUGUCGUAGCCGGAGGCAGUAUCUUCUCUUCUAAAAAGCUGGACAGGGAGACGAAAGCCAUUUACUCCUUCGUCGUGGAGGCAUACAAUCCUGGCGCUGAUUGGCUGAACGAGACAGCAACGGUCAACAUUACAGUCAACGGCAUCAAUGAUAACCCGCCUAACUUUACCACCCAACAACCUGAGACUAUAACCAUUCCGGAAGACACCAACACGGGCACCAGCGUGUUUCGUGUUUCCGCUGAGGACAGGGACUACAAUGAUGUUAACUAUAGAUUGACAGGUGGUAGCUGCCGUGAGCUGUUCUCAAUUGAAGAAUCAACAGGUGAGAUCAGCGUUAAAGAAAGGCUGGAUACCAUUGACCGGCGGGAUGAAGUCUACUCCUGCAUUAUCGAAGUCACCGCGGAGGAUGAUGGAGUCCCUUCGCUAAAUGCAACAAAAAGGAUUGCUGUCAACAUAACGGCAGUGAACUACUUUUGGCCUGAAUUUGAAGCCACCUUUCUCAAUAUGACUGUGAGAGAAGGUCUAAGAUGGGGUGAUCCUGUGGACGGAGUUCUGCUUAAUGCAACAGAUGCAGACGAGGGACGCAAUGGUGUGGUGAUGCUUGAAAUCACGGAUUCGUCAAUCAAAGGUUUGUUCAACGUUACAGCAGAAGGACAGCUGAUCCUGAACGUUGCCGAACUGGACAGGGAACCAGACAACGAUCAUGUCUCUGUUAACGUGAGCGCCUAUGACUUGGGGACGCCACGGAAAUAUGCCAACGUCUCGGCCGUAGUUCACAUAACUGUUCUGGACAUCAAUGACAACGUCCCAGUUCCUGAUAAUGAAAGCAUUAAGGUAUCAAUACCUCAGGACACCCCACUUCAAACGGUAGUACUGAACGUUACAGCAUCGGACCGAGACAUCGGGGAGAACGCCAUUAUGCGGUUCUGUCUGGAUGAAAGGGAUCGGGAGGGCAUCGCGAGUUUGUUUCUCGUAGAUUCAACAACCGGAGCCAUAACUGUCAACGGGGCACUCGACCUAACAAGCUAUGUAUUUUACGUGAAUGUUGAGAACACGGCGGGCUUCGAAGGCAAUGUCAACGAGUUCGAAAAAUAUAACAUCAAAGUGAACGUUACCGUCAUCUCAACAAACCGACACACUCCUAUUUUUACUAAAGGUUUGUAUUCCGUAAAUAAUCUAGAUGCUCUGUCAUUCUAUUGUCAUACAGAAAAAGAAACGGGCAGGUGA